CGGCGUCACGAUGGCUUCAACUUUUUUGCUUACAUAGAACGAACUUGCAAACUCAAAAUGCGGAACGGUCAGGGCGGAGUUUCCUAAUUCGGAUUGGCCAUUAUUUGCCUCAACACCUUAUUAGUUAAGGGGCACGACUCAAAAUGGAUUACACGGCACCCCCUUUCGAGGUCACCUUCAAGGCCCUCUUAUUUGACAUGGACGGCACCAUCAUCGAUUCAACCGCCGCAGUCGUCAAGCACUGGCAUACCAUCGGAAAGGAAAUCGGCGUAGACCCUGAGGUGAUCCUCCAGACGUCUCACGGCCGACGAAGCAUAGACAUGCUCAAGAUCCUCAGUCCGGAGAAGGCGAAUUGGGAAUAUGUGCGAAACAUGGAGGGCCUCCUCCCCAAACUCCACGGCGGCGACGCCGUUGAGAUCCCGGGAGCCCGAUCCCUUUUGGACUCCCUGAUCGCAGCUCGCGCACGCUGGACUAUUGUGACAUCCGGCAGUGAGCCGCUCGUCAACGGCUGGCUCUCGGUGCUCAAGCUACCGCAGCCGUCGAACCUUGUCACAGCCGAGAGCGUAGCAAACGGUAAGCCGGAUCCGGCAUGCUACUCCUUAGGACGAGAGAGACUAGGUCUUCCACCCUCCGACAGCGAUCAGAUCCUAGUCUUGGAGGACAGUCCGGCGGGUAUCCGUUCAGGAAAGGCGGCCGGGUGCAAGGUCCUAGGUCUCGUCACAAGCCAUUCGGCGGAGCAGGUGCGGGCCGCGGAACCGGACUGGAUCGUGCGGGAUCUACAGUCCGUGAGCCUGGUCCGUGUUGACGAGAAAGCCGGCACCGUCACUUUGCGUUUUGCGGAUGCGCUGACUCCGGUGGCUGUGAAUGGAAGCGAAAGUACUUAGGAAUGGAGACGAAGAUGAAGAUGGCGGUGGCGGUGGAAGUGGAAAUGUUGAGA